GGCCAGUCAUCGGCAAGACAACCCCAAGCUCGGCAAGGUGAGCCAUGCUACGAAUCCUGUGUCUGGUGCUCUGCGGCCUGCUGACCACCGCACGAGCGGACCCUGGGGCACUGCUGCGACUGGGCAUGGACAUCAUGAAUCGGGAGGUCCAGAACGCUAUGGAUGAGAGUCACAUCCUGGAGAAGAUGGCAGCUGAGGCGGGCAAAAAACGGCCGGGGAUGAAACCCAUUAAGGGCAUCACUAAUCUGAAGGUGAAGGAUGUGCAGCUGCCUGUCAUCACACUGAACUUCGUACCUGAGGUGGGCAUCUUCCAGUGUGUGUCCACAGGCAUGACCAUCACUGGCAAGAGCUUCAUGGGUGGGAACAUGGAGAUCAUCGUGGUUCUGAACAUCACAGCCACCAACCGGCUUCUGCAGGACGAGGAGAUGGGCCUCCCCAUGUUCAAGAGCGAGGGCUGUGAGGUCAUCCUGGUCAGCGUGAAGACGAACCUGCCCAGCAACAUGCUGCCUAAGGUGGUCAACAAGUUCCUGGACAGCACCCUACACAAAGUUCUUCCUGGCCUGAUGUGUCCAGCCAUCGAUGCGGUCCUGGGAUAUGUGAACAAGAAGUGGGCCAAUGUGAAUGCCCCCAUGCCCGUGGGCCAGAUGGGCACCGUCAAAUAUGUCCUGACGUCCAUACCAACCACCACAGCCAGCUACAUUCAAGUGGACUUUAGUCCCGUGGUGCAGCAGCACGAGGGCAGCAUCAUCCAGCUUGCUGAUGCCGGGGAGGCCCUCGGGUUCCCCGAGGACUAUGCUGAAGGCUCCUCGCAGCUGCUGCUCUCGGCCGCCUUCCUCACAGCAGAGCUUGCUCUCCUGCAGAAGUCCUUUGAUGUGAAUGUCCAGGACACGAUGAUUGGCAAACUGCCCCCACAAACCACUGAGACACUGGCUCGCUUCAUCCCUGAAGUGGCUGAGGCCUAUCCCAAAUGGAAACCUCUGGUGACCCAGAUCAGGAUAAACAAGCCCCUCGAGGUCACCAUGAAGACCGGCAAAAGCCUGCUGCACCUCCAUGGCACCCUGGAGAUGUUCGCUGCUCGGCGACCGGGAAAGGCCCUUGCACCCCUCUUUCUCCUGGAAACUCACUUCAACCUGAAAAUCCAGUACUCAGUUCGUGAGAACCGACUGCAGAUGUCCACCUCUCUGGACAGAUUACUGAGCCUAUCUCGGGGGUCCUCAUCGAUUGGUGCCUUCAAUGAGAAAGAAUUGACAGGCUUCAUCACUGAUUUUCUGCAAGAAGCCUACAUCCCAGCCAUCAAUGAUGCGCUCCAAGUCGGACUCCCACUUCCAGACUUUCUGGACAUGAAUUACAACCUGGUAGAGCUGAACAUAGUAGAGAACGCCCUGGUGCUGGACUUGAAGCUGCACCGACCAGGGCAGGAUUUGCCUGCCAGCUGCCUGCACACCACCAACCGGCUGCACGCUGUGGGGGAGCCCACCUGGUCCCCCACCACCAGGGCCGCUUCUCUUGAUGAGGAGUGAGCAGGGCAGGUCUGGG